UUACAAACAAUCAUGGCAAAGGUUCACAAUUUAACAUCGCAGGAAGUUACUGGUUAAGUGUGAAUGAGUUUCGUGUUGGUGGGUCCAAAACCUGUGGAAUUUCAUGGUCAGCUUCAGACAAGCAACCUCUGCAACUUUCGGUUUUCGUUUUCAUCCUACUGAUGAAGAAUUGAUUGGAUAUUACCUCAAAAGAAAAACUGAAGGGCUUGAAAUUGAGCUCGAAGUCAUUCCCGUUAUUGAUCUGUAUAAGUUUGAUCCUUGGGACUUACCAGAGAAGUCGUUCCUUCCAAAACGAGACUUGGAAUGGUUUUUUUUCUGCCCCAGGGAUCGAAAGUACCCGAACGGGUCGAGAACAAACCGUGCCACCAAGGCCGGAUAUUGGAAAGCGACGGGGAAGGACAGGAACGUAGUGUGCCAAUCGGCAGUAAGCGGGUACCGUAAGACACUGGUUUUCUACCAGGGACGUGCCCCUUUAGGGGAUCGAACUGAUUGGGUUAUGCAUGAGUAUCGACUCUCUGAUCAGCCUGAAACAUCAGCUAAUCAGGGUGCUUAUGCCUUGUGCCGUGUCAUGAAAAGGAACGAAUCAAAGGCGACUGACACUAAUGGAGAAUUGAGAGCCACAAGGGUCAAAACCAGGUCAAUAAAUACGGAACUCACGUCGACCUGGACCUGCAACGAGCCUUUAAGCACUUCUGGUGACAUUUCGUGUCAAACAUGUUACCCCAACAAUGAGAGUCAUUAUUCAAGCCCUAUCACUUCUCCCCCUCAUGAAGUCACACAAUUACAACCAUUCGAACCCAUUUCAGUCAAUAUUGAUGUAGCCAAUGUUUGGCUCUCUCCUGAUCUAAUUCUUGAUUCUUCAAAGGAUUACCCACAAAUAUGUGAAACAGCAGCUCAAUACUUCCCACAAUAUGAGUUUCCAAGCACAUUGACCCCACGGCAACAAUAUGAACACAGCAAUUUCUCCCCUAGUACAUUGUACUCGAAUUUUGGGGAAAUCGAGCACGACGUCGAUGAUCUUGGUUUGUACUCAGGACAUGCAAAUAACAUGGACUUCUAUGAUAACGAAGGGAUGGCCAAAUUGGUUCAUUAAACAUAUGAGCCCAUUUUGAGAAAAGGAAGCAAAUGACCAUAGUAGCUCUUGUUUUCAAGCUAAUGAGAGUACCUGUUUUGUCUUAAUGUUAGAAGGGGACUCUUAAGACAACAGCCUUUUUAAUGUUGGUUCUUGGGCAACAACCCCUUGUAUUGCCAUUAUGCUCCAUUAAGAUUGUUGUGUCUUUGGUUUUUAAAUGAACUCAUGGUGGUAAUCACUUCUAAAGAUUGUCCACCAUGGGUUUGUUUUGUCUUACGAUCAUCUUCCAAUUUAAUACUUCAAGCAAUAAUAUAGUUGAAGCAAGAAA